AUAACAUAAUUUAUAAUUAUUAAUUAAAAUUAUUCAUCAACUAAAUUAAUGAACGUGAAGUAAAAAAAAGUGCAGUGAAUAAAAAAGUAAACAUUAUCAUGUUUCGGAAAUGGUGACAAACACUGUAAAGAACGUAUGUUUUGUUGUUCAUCAUUCCAAAACAUUCUGAACGAAAGUUAAGAAUGACCCUUCAUUGGGAAAAACUUUCGCCAGCUGAAUUUCAGCAACUUCAAGACUUAGCAGUGUAUUCGACAAAAAAACUGCAGGAUGUUCUCAACGAAUUUUGUGGCACUGCCUCAACACCCGGAAGUCUUCCAAAAUAUCAUCCGGAUGGAGAUAUCGACUAUGAAGGAUUUCGAAAAUUUCUCGACACGUAUCUCGAGGUUACAACACCCGAUGAACUUUCCCGACAUCUUUUUCUAUCAUUUCUCAAGAAGGGUCAACGGGGAAUUGACGGAAAAGCCUUCAAGGAAAUGGCAGUAUUGUCUUCCACGACGGCGUGUGCGGCAAUUACGUCACACACCACAUCCACCAGUAACGUGAAUAGCACCGGAUUACCUGGUGGGACAUCUAUCGAAAGUCACGGCUCAUCGUUUGCUGAUAAAAUUCAUGGUUUAACGGAAAAACUUCAAGCACUCGGUCAUCAUAGAAAUGACAGUGAAGUCUCAUCAAGAACGAGAACAGGUACAGAGACCUUUUCACAAAAACAUGCAGUAGAUUGCAAGAGUAUUUUCCGAAGUGUUCAUCCAACAUUAACAGUCGCUCACACAUCAUACAGUUGUCAUGACGUACUUGAGAAGAAAAGUACAGAAAGCAGUCCGAGUCACAGUCAAAUGUCACGGAACUCAUCAAGAAAAUCGAAUAAUUCACUUCUUGUUAAUAAUGGAAAAUAUGAAGAGAUCAGGCAUCUCGUGAGGAAGCAAAGUACGAUUGAUGUACAUUCGAUCAAAGUUAGUCUGAAGGAUAUCGUCUGCUACCUAUCUCUACUGGAAGCUGGAACGCCAGAAGACAAAUUAGAAUUCAUGUUUCGACUUUACGAUACAGACGGCAACGGUGUUCUUGAUACAAAUGAAACGGACUGUAUCGUCAAUCAAAUGAUGAAUGUAGCUGAAUAUUUAGGAUGGGAUGUCUCUGAAUUGAAGCCGAUCCUGGAGGAUAUGAUGAUAGAAAUAGAUUACGAUGCAGAUGGUACGGUUUCAUUGGAAGAAUGGAAGAGAGGCGGACUGACGACAAUUCCUCUCUUAGUACUCCUAGGUCUAGAUUCUCAUGUCAAAGAAGAUGGUAAUCAUCUCUGGAGACUAAAACACUUUAGUAAACCAGCUUAUUGCAAUCUAUGCCUCAACAUGUUGGUGGGUCUUGGCAAAAAAGGCCUCUGCUGUGUUUUUUGCAAGUACACAGUACAUGAGAGAUGUGUACAAAGAGCACCAGCUUCUUGUAUAGCAACCUAUGUAAAAAGCAAAAAAACUUCACAAGUUAUGGCACACCAUUGGGUCGAGGGGAACUGCCAUGGUAAAUGCUCAAAAUGUAAAAAGACAAUAAAAAGUUAUAACGGAAUAACAGGUCUUCAUUGUCGUUGGUGUCAAAUCACGCUCCACAAUAGAUGCGCAUCGCAGGUACGAGCUGAUUGCAACCUAGGAGAACAUGCAGUCCAUAUUCUACCGCCCACGGCUAUUUGUCCGGUUGUUUUGGACAGACAAAGGUCACUUUCAAGGGACAGUAAAAGGGGUAGCAAACACGGUCAAGAUUCAACUUCAAGUAGUUCGGGCGGCUUUCUCACGUGUAACAACACAUCUAAUCAACAACCAGCAAUGUCUUUUCAAAUUACACAACCACUAGGCUCGAUACCCCUAUUGGUGUUCAUAAAUCCAAAAUCAGGCGGAAGGCAGGGAGAGAGAAUGUUGAGAAAAUUUCAGUACAUUCUAAAUCCAAGACAAGUACAUAAUUUAGCAAUCGGUGGACCAAUGCAGGGUUUACAAUUAUUUAAGGAUGUUGAACAAUUCAAAGUCAUUUGUUGUGGUGGUGAUGGAACUGUUGGAUGGGUUCUUGAAACAAUGGAUCGGGUACAAUUUGAAAAUCAACCAGCCGUGGCUGUGAUUCCUCUAGGAACCGGAAAUGAUUUAGCCAGAUGUCUUCGAUGGGGUGGUGGCUAUGAAGGAGAAUCUAUUCACAAAAUUCUAAAGAAAAUUGAAAAAGCAACGCCGGUUAUGAUGGACCGAUGGCAAAUUGAGGUAACCGAUCAAAAGGAAGAAAAGAAGCCAAAUCAAGAUUCAAUUCCCUAUAACAUCAUCAAUAAUUAUUUCUCAGUGGGUGUGGACGCUGCAAUUUGUGUCAAAUUUCAUCUCGAACGAGAGAAGAAUCCAGAAAAGUUUAAUAGCAGAAUGAAAAAUAAAUUAUGGUACUUUGAGUACGCGACUACGGAACAAUUUGCCGCAAGUUGUAAAAAUCUUCACGAGGAUCUUGAAAUUAUUUGUGAUGGUGUACCUUUGGACCUUGCACACGGUCCAUCUCUACAAGGCGUUGCAUUGUUAAACAUUCCGUUUACUCAUGGGGGUUCGAAUUUAUGGGGCGAACAUCACACAAAACAUCGACUUGGAAAAAGAAAGAAACGACCCAACAAGGAAUUAAGUACAAGUAGUUUUAAUUCAGUCGAUCUCACUGUAGCGAUACAAGAUAUAGGUGAUAAUCUCAUUGAAGUGAUUGGUUUGGAAAAUUGUCUACACAUGGGUCAAGUGAAAACUGGACUUCGCGCUUCCGGAAGAAGAUUGGCACAAUGCAGUAGUGUUACAAUUACGACAUUCAAACGAUUCCCAAUGCAAAUCGAUGGAGAACCAUGGAUGCAAGGUCCCUGCGCCAUUCAUGUAACGCAUAAAAAUCAAGUUCCGAUGUUAAUGGCACCACCACCCGACAAAAGAAAAGGUUUCUUCCGUUUUUUAAGGAGAUGAACUUGUAAAUCGAGACGCCUGAAUCGCGUCCACCCACAACUACUCGGGGAAAUCUGAGCUUUUUCCUUGUAGUUUCCGUCUAGUCCAGCCAUCACUAAAAAUAGCCACGUCGCCUAUCGUAAUAUGAUUGUACUAAAUAAUAUUAAUAAUUCACACACACAAACACAUACAUAUACAUGUAUAUACAUAUAAUUUUCGCUAUGAAUGUGCGAAUGCGAACAUUUUCGUACGUCCGUAUAAAUUCUUUUAGUGCUACAUAAUGAUAAAUCGACCGUUAAAUCGAAUAGAAAAUGUCUUUAUGUACAAUAUUUUCGAAAUUAUAUAUUACGCGAGAGAAGCUAUAGAAAAACAUACAUAAUUAGAUGCGUGAUUUACUUGGAAGUCUCAUUUUCAAUGAAGAAACGAUUUUUUCACCAAAAAAAAAGAAAAAAAAAAUGAAAACUUUUUAGAAACUUUUUUUCUCAUUUCUGAUCUCUCAAUAUUUCGU